AACAACUCAAAAACACAUACUAUAAUCUUCAUUGAGCUAGCUCUCAUCUAAUACUCAUCUCCUUUGAGGAUUAUGGCUAUUUCAAAAUCCCUUAUUGCUUCUCUUCUCAUAUCUCUUCUUUUUCUCCAACUCGUCGUGGCCGAUGUGGAAAACUCAAACAAAAAGGAUGGUUACGGCAGUAAAAUUGAUUGCGGAAGUGCUUGUAUAGCACGGUGCAAACUCUCAAGUAGACCGAACCUUUGUCACAGAGCGUGCGGGACUUGUUGCGCCAGGUGCAACUGUGUGCCACCUAGCACGUACGGGAACCACGACAAGUGCGAGUGCUACGCUAGCCUCACCACCCACGAUGGCCGCCGAAAGUGCCCUUAAGUAAAAGACACAAAUAAUUGCUGCGGAUGUUCAAUUCAAUAUACGAUGUCGUUGUUAGUAUUUGUUGGUGUAUAUGUAUGUAAGUGGAUGGAAUAAUUCAUGAGAGCCGUACGUCGUCUUUUGUGUGUGGUACUGUAUUAUUUAAUGGUCUAUUUGUUUUUUUUUUAACUUUUGAUGGUGUAUUUGUUGUAAGCUUUUUUGGUUUUUAUUCGUUUGGUGAAAUAAUCUCGUUGUAUUGUUUCAUUUUCUAAAUAAAGUUAUGUUGCUUUAUGAAUGAAUUAUUGAUUAUAAUGAUUUUUCCUCA